CCCGCCGGGCCGUGAGCGGGUGAGCCCAUCCGAUCCACCUCUGUUCCACCACGCUGCUGGCUGCUGAGGAUGGAGGCGGGGAGGGAGAGCUCCAAGGCCAAGCGCGCGCGCGCCGCCAUGAGCAACGAGGACGACACGACGAGCCAGGGUAACGCAGGAGGUGGCGCGGCGGCGUCCGCCGCGGAGACGGAGGGGGACGAGAUGGCCGUGGUGGCGGCAGAGGCGGAGGCGGAGGCGGACGAGCAGGUGGGGUCGGCGGAGACGGAGGAGCACAUCCAGCGCAUCCUCCUCGCCAUCGACAACUACACCCGCCAGGUGUCUGACAUGCUGGAUGCCGGGCGCGCGCUGUUCAAGGACCUCGCCGCCGACUUCGAGGACCGCCUCUGCUCGAUCCACAAGGAGAGGGUGGAGCGGUGGGAGGAGGAGAUCCGGGAGCUGCGCGCCCGCGACGUCGCCAACGAGCAGGCCCGCGCCCUCCUCCACAACGCCCAGCUGCACCUCCUCCACACCGUCCGCGACUAACCGAUCGCCCAAUCCAUCCAGACCUCAGUAGCAACAACUUACCUGCACAUCACUGUUGCCUGUCUAGAAUGAUAGUGCUGUACUAUGCAUGUGUGCACAUCUGAAUGCUGUUCAAAUGUUUCUUGUUUCGGCAGCAACUGCAUGCAUCAAAACUUGUUCUACGUGAAUUCUAGAUGUCUGUUCAAAGUGCUAAAAUAUGCAAGACCACACACCAUUUUACUUAGGCUAGGGGCACAGCAUCUUGAGGAAGUGAUUUCUGUUCAGGCGCCACCUCCUGCUUCCAGGCUCUAGACGCACGGUACCCCUUCAUGUUCCUCUCCAUCACCCUCCUGGCUGAACACGAACGCCUAUCCGUUGCCGGACGCUCGGGUCCCGGGUUAGUCGAGGAGCACCACGUGGUUCGCGUUCGCAAAGUUUUGUAUACUGUGAUUUGUAUGUAUGCCCUUGGGCAAAGAUAUGCCAGACCCACUUUGAUCAGCAAUAAAAA